AUGGAAAAACGUGUCCUUCAAAUACCAAAGUGUUGGAUUUAUUGAAAGUCCAGCUUCGUGCUUCUUCUGUACACUCAAGAGGAUAGAGAAAAGAGAAAAAAAAAAAAAAUAGACUUUGGGAAUAAAUUCCAUUUCUUUCACUCUCCAUCUUCAUCUUCAUCAUCCCCAUCUUUAGGGUUCCCUUCCCAUCUUCUUCCUUCUCUUUACCUUCACUUCACAUUCACAAAGGGAAGAGAGGAAGGAUGUCGACUGGAAACACCCAUUGGUGUUAUAGAUGCGAACAGCCAGUUCGACUUCGUGGGCGAGACAUGACUUGCCUUAGCUGUAAUGGAGGAUUUGUUCAAGAACUGGAUGAAAUGAUGGAAAGAAGUCCCCUUGAUUUAUUUGGAGCCAGUGGUAAUGAAUACCAAAACCGCAGGCUCGGACUCUUGGAGCUUUUCUCAAACUUUAUGAGGCAACGAAUGGUAGACAGAAAUGAUAUCAGGGGAAGGUUGGACUCAAUUCCAGAUCAUGGUCCUGGAUUUGGUCCUUGGUUGAUCUUUGGUGGCCAAAUUCCUGUUAGAUUGUCUGGACAUGGUGGAUUUGAAGCGUUUUUUAAUGGGGUACCUGGAAUUGGUGUGAGUAGGAGCAAUGGUGGUGAUUAUUUUAUUGGUCCUGGACUUGAAGAAUUGUUUGAACAGCUUUCUGCAAACGAUCGACGAGGGCCACCCCCAGCAUCUAGAUCUUCGAUUGAUGCAAUGCCUGUUGUUAAAAUUACACAAAGACAUAUUCGUUCCAAUUCACACUGUCCUGUUUGCCAAGAUAAAUUUGAAUUAGGAUCUGAGGCUAGGCAAAUGCCAUGUGACCAUAUGUAUCAUUCAGAUUGUAUCGUUCCCUGGCUAGUCCAGCACAACUCCUGCCCUGUUUGCCGCCAAGAACUGCCUGCACAAGGAUCGAGUAGUAGCCAUAGCUCAUCUGGAAGCAACAAUUCUAGCCGAAACAGCCGAGAUAGGGAGAAUAGUAGGACAACUCAAGGAAGGAGGAAUCCAUUUACAAGUCUUUGGCCAUUCCGAGCAUCAAGCUCAAACUCUAACCAUGGUGCUACCACUGGAAGCAACUCGCCAGCCCUACACGAGACUAACCAACACGAAACAGGGUAUUACGGAUGGCCUUUCGACUAGCAUCAACGCAGUGUUUAUAAACUUGUUUGCAGCAUUCAGUUUUUGUGAUUGUUAUUUAACAUGAUGAAAAUAGUUCAAGCCCUGCAGUCCACUCUCUUGUAUAAUAAAUUGAUAAUAAUGGACUUCCUGUGUGAUGUAGAUGACAUUUUUCCAUUCCUUAUUGAUGCUGCUGGAGUUUGUAUA